CGGCACCAUUGCGGCAUGGUGGGGACAUGAUGUAGUUGUGCCUGCGUGUGCUGUCACUGUGCUCGUUUAUUCUCUCGUCUUCAUUUGUUUCAGGCAGCUCCUUGCUCCUCUACAUUCUUUCCCCGUUACGCUCACUUGUGUAAUAUCCAUCAAUAAUGAAACAAAUCACUCUGUUUAGUUCUGCACUUGCUUUCCUUACUUCCGCUUUCCUGGUACAGGCACAGCAGGGUGCUACUUGCAACUCAACAAACACUUGCUCGUCCCAAUAUCCUUGUUGCAGUGAAUACGGGUUCUGCGGCGACGGAUAUUACUGUCUUGGUGGAUGCAACCCCCUUGCAUCUAAUACCCUCAACUCAUGCAAACCCAGCCCAAUAUGUGAGAGUGCUAAUUACACACUCUCGGAUACCUCCCGCAUCCUCAGUAAUUCUACCUACUUCAAUGGGAAUGCCUCCGAAUAUGACUGGGUCGUGGAACAGGGAUCAAUCAUCAAUGCCACAUCUAAUGGCGAGGCUGCAAUUGCUGUCCUCCUCACUGAAAACGGUGGAGGUACUCUCCUGUCUUCAACCAGAUACGUGCAUUACGGUCAAAUCACAGCUAGAUUAAAAACUGCCCGCUGGGCGGGCGUCGUUACCGCGUUUAUUACAAUGUCCAGCAUUAAAGAUGAAAUUGACUGGGAAUUCCCUGGCAACCAGACAACCACCGGACAGACCAAUUAUUUCUGGGAGGGAGUUAUUCCUGCGCAAACCGCCGGUGUAAUCGAAACUGGUCUCACGGAUACAUAUUCCAACUGGCAUGAUUUUACCAUCGACUGGCAACCUGACUCGCUGACCUUCUUGGUGGACGGAAACGUGACGCGCACGAUUACGGCUGCUCAGGCCACGAACAACGCGACGGGCGUUGUCCAGUUCCCCAAUACGCCCAGUCGCAUUCAGUUGAGUAUCUGGCCGGCCGGUAUCUCUACUGAGCCUCAAGGCACCGUUCAAUGGGCCGGAGGCAUGAUCAACUGGAACGACCCUGAUUAUGUCUCCGCUGGUCACUUCUAUGCGUACUUCCAGUCUGUCUCAGUACAGUGCAACGACCCCACCUCGCCGAACGCCUCAGACACCUCUUACGUGUACGGCACCAACUCUUCGCUCGACACGCCCAGCAUUGCGUUCUCGAACGCCAGCACGAUGACCAACGGCGCGUCUGCUUUGAUUGGCGUGAGUGCCAAUGCGAUGAGCAUGUGGCUUGGCAUUUUGGCGGCGUUUGCCCUUGGGGGCUUGGUCAUGUGAGCUGACACCAGGUGCUGCCAUAGCUUUUUGGAUCGCAGAGUGAUGUUGUUUCUUAUGUGCUUUCCUGUAUGGCUACUGUGUAAUUUGAUACCCGAACAUAGUUCAAGAAAAUAUCAGACUCCCGUGAAGCGUUUUGUCGCGUCGUAU